AUGAAUUUUUUUAAUACUUUAAAAAGUAAAUGGUAUCUAAUCCUUGGCGAUAGAUCAUAACUGUCUUUAAAAUAUGAUGAUGCUGUCUAUUAUUUUUAGAAGGCUGUUUAACUUGAUCCUAAAAACAGCUAUGCAUUUGGAAAUCUGGGAUAUUCAUUUAUGAAAAAAGAAAUGUAUGAUGAUGCUAUUACAUUCUUCUAGAAGGCUGUUUAACUUGAUCCUAAAGACAGCUGGGCAUUUGGAAAGCUGGGAUAUUCAUUUAUGAUAAAAAAAAGGUAUGAUGAUGCUAUUACAUUCUUCUAGAAGGCUGUUUAACUUGAUCCUAAAGACAGCUGGGCAUUUGGAAAGCUGGGAUAUUCAUUUAUGCAAAAAUAAAUGUAUGAUGAUGCUAUUACAUUCUUCUAGAAGGCUGUUUAACUUGAUCCUAAAGACAGCUGCGCAUUUAGAUGUAUGGGAUAUUCAUUUAUGAAAAAAAAAAUGUAUGAUGAUGCUAUUACAUUCUUCUAGAAGGCUGUUUAACUUGAUCCUAAAGACAGCUAUGCAUUUGGAAGGCUGGGAUAUUCAUUUAUGCAAAAAUAAAUGUAUGAUGAUGCUAUUACAUUCUUGUAGAAGGCUGUUUAACUUGAUCCUAAAGACAGCUGGGCAUUUGGAAAGCUGGGAUAUUCAUUUAUGCAAAAAUAAAUGUAUGAUGAUGCUAUUACAUUCUUCUAGAAGGCUGUUUAACUUGAUCCUAAAGACAGCUGGGCAUUUGGAAAGCUGGGAUAUUCAUUUAUGCAAAAAUAAAUGUAUGAUGAUGCUAUUACAUUCUUCUAGAAGGCUGUUUAACUUGAUCCUAAAGACAGCUGGGCAUUUGGAAAUCUGGGAUAUUCAUUUAUGAUAAAAAAAAUGUAUGAUGAUGCUAUUACAUUCUUCUAGAAGGCUGUUUAACUUGAUCCUAAAGACAGCUGGGCAUUUGGAAACCUGGGAUAUUCAUUUAUGCAAAAAGAAAUGUAUGAUGAUGCUAUUACAUUCUUCUAGAAGGCUGUUUAACUUGAUCCUAGAGACAGCUGGGCAUUUGGAAAUCUGGGAUAUUCAUUUAUGAAAAAAAAAAUGUAUGAUGAUGCUAUUACAUUCUUGUAGAAGGCUGUUUAACUUGAUCCUAAAGACAGCUGGGCAUUUGGAAAUCUGGGAUAUUCAUUUAUGAUAAAAAAAAUGUAUGAUGAUGCUAUUACAUUCUUCUAGAAGGCUGUUUAACUUGAUCCUAAAGACAGCUGCGCAUUUAGAUGUAUGGGAUAUUCAUUUAUGAAAAAAGAAAUGUAUGAUGAUGCUAUUACAUUCUUCUAGAAGGCUGUUUAACUUGAUCCUAGAGACAGCUGGGCAUUUGGAAAUCUGGGAUAUUCAUUUAUGAAAAAAAAAAUGUAUGAUGAUGCUAUUACAUUCUUCUAGAAGGCUGUUUAACUUGAUCCUAAAGACAGCUGGGCAUUUGGAAAUCUGGGAUAUUCAUUUAUGAAAAAAAAAAUGUAUGAUGAUGCUAUUACAUUCUUCUAGAAGGCUGUUUAACUUGAUCCUAAAGACAGCUGGGCAUUUGGAAAGCUGGGAUAUUCAUUUAUGCAAAAAUAAAUGUAUGAUGAUGCUAUUACAUUCUUCUAGAAGGCUGUUUAACUUGAUCCUAAAGACAGCUGGGCAUUUGGAAAGCUGGGAUAUUCAUUUAUGCAAAAAGAAAUGUAUGAUGAUGCUAUUACAUUCUCCUAGAAGGCUGUUUAACUUGAUCCUGAUGUUAAAGAAAAUCUUUUAAAUCUAGGAAUAGCAUUUUAAAAAAAAGGAAGGUAUCAACAUUCAAGUAUAUAUUUCAAGAAAUGUAUAUAAAUUGAUCCAAAACUUAAGGAUUGCCAUUUAUACCUUUCUGUUGAUUUUUAGUGUAAAAAAAUGUACAAACAUGCAAUUAUAUCAUUAAAAAAGUGUUUACAACUUAAUCCUUAUGAUAACUAUAAACAAUAAUUUUAAAGAUCUCUUAAAAGCUUGCUUUGA